AUGGCGACGGCCCCUAUUCACAUGAAUGCGGCCUGGCCCCUUGCGGCCCUGGCGCUCCUGCUGGCCAGUUCUCCCGCGCUUGCCGCGGUCUGCACCCUCGAAGACGACGUCGACUUCCGCGGCUCGGAUAUCAACAACGGGGCGUCCAACAUCGUCACGUCCGCACAGGCCUGCUGCGACCAAUGCGGACGGAACAGCCGCUGCGAGUCCUGGACCUACGUCAAGGUUCCCAGCGCCCUGGGCACCGGCCGCCAGGUGGGAGAGUGCUGGCUCAAGAACGCACGCAGGAACAACGUCAUUUCCAGCGACUGCUGCAUCUCCGGCGUGGCACCCGCCCGCUGCGAUGCGGAGGUCGGCUACGACUACAGGGGAUCGGACAUCAACAACGGGGCGUCCAACAUCGUCACGUCCCCGCAGGCGUGCUGCGACCAGUGCGCGCGGGACAGCCGCUGCAGGUCCUGGACCUACGUCAAAACGCCCAGCGCCCUGGGCACCGGACGCAAGGUAGGGGAGUGCUGGCUCAAGGACAGGGUCAAGCCUGGAAGGCAGAGGAAUGAUUGCUGCACAUCGGGCGUGGCUUGA